CUUGUGGCGGAGUGAUGGCACCUUGUGGUUAAUAUUAAUCACUUUCGUAACGCAGAUUACGAUGACGUUUAACCUGCUAGUGAGUAUAAAAGUCUCAACAGACUGAGCUUCAAACAAUAUUGGAUAACCACCCAAGACCGACAAAAGAUGUUCCGAUUGCUCUGUUGCCUUGCCCUUUUCUCUGUGGCCUUUGGCUUUUACUACGGAGGCAUCGGCUACGGUCAGGGACUUAACAACCCCUACUACGGGAACAGUCUCUAUGGAAAUGGACUGUAUGGAAACGGGUUGUAUGGUAAUGGGUUGUAUGGAAACGGUCUCUAUGGUGGGCUUUAUGGAAACGGUCUGUAUGGUGGUCUAUAUGGAAACGGUAUCUACGGAAACGGUCUCUAUGGCGGGCUCUACGGGAACGGUCUGUACAAUGGCUUGUAUGGAAACAAUGUGUAUGGAGGCCUAAAUGGAUAUCGAAGUGGUCUUGGCCGUCUUGGAAAGAGCUAUUAUUAGAGGAAUGUUCGACAAGGACGUCUUGAAUUUGUUUUUACCAAACAUGACCGUGUACACAACUUAAAAAAUGUAUUUAAUGACACAAAAUAAAUGACUUUACACCGUA